CUUCAACCCAAGUACUGUUUCGCUAAGGUACCCAUCCCUCUCCUCCCUACUCCUUCCAUGGAAGGCCCAUCUUCCAUCUACCAUGUUUUCUAUGCAAGGUUGUGUUCAAUUCGGUGGAGUGUUCAGUGAUGGGAAAAGAAGUUGUUUGAAUCAGAUUCAGACCAGUGAUUAAGAAUCGUAGCAAGUGCGAUCCAGUGCGAGUAUUUCCAACCGUUAUAGCAGAAGUAACAACUCUCAGAUCAUAGCGAACGGAGACGAGCAUUGCUGAUCGGAAAAGAAAGACGAACUUAGGAGAAGAAGGAGGAGGGGCAACUGAAAAAAAGGUCGGGGUCAAUCAGAUCUGCGAUGGCGGGGAUUGGGAAUUCGGAUGAUGGUAUGGUAUGAUGAUGGAUCUGAAUAUGGAGGUGUUGCAGGAAUCGGGUUGGGAGGAAUUGAGGAAAGAGGCUCGCAAAGUCGAAGGCGAUCUCGACGUCAAGCUCUCUUCCUAUGCCAAGCUCGGCACUAGGUUCACCCAAGGUUAUGGGGAUACUCGUUCACCAACUGUGGCGUCUAGUAGGUCAUGGAAGUCUGUGGAAAUGGAGAUUCAAUCAUUGCUUGAGAAGCUACUAGACAUAAAUGAUGCCAUGAGUCGAUGUGCUGCAUCUGCUGCACCUACUACUUCAGUUACCCAAAAGCUGGCAAGGCAUAGGGACAUACUUCAUGAGUUUACCCAGGAAUUUAGACGAACCAAGGGGAACAUAAACUCAAUGAGGGAACAUGCAGAGCUUCUCACUUCUGUAAGAGAUGAUAUCAGUGAGUAUAAGGCCUCCGGAAGUAUGUCUCCAAGAAUGCAGUUACUUCGGGAGAGAGCUGCCAUACAUGGAAGCAUAGCUCAUAUAGAUGAUGUGAUUAGUCAAGCUCAAACAACAAGAGCAGCCUUGGGCUCCCAAAGGUCCUUGUUUGGUGAUGUUCAAGGAAAAGUGAAGCUAUUAAGUGACAAAUUUCCUAUUAUUCGUGGUCUAAUUGGUUCGAUCCGAAGGAAGCGCUCGAGAGAUACACUUAUCCUAUCUGCAGUCAUCGCGGCGUGUACAUUGUUUCUUAUUAUCUAUUGGCUUUCGAAGUAA